CAUGACAGAUAAAAAAGAAAACAGGAAUUUUCGCAACUGUAUUCAUCGUAUUCGGCUGAUUGAAAAUUCUGUGAAAUUGUUUUUUGUCAGUUAUGUGUGUUUUCUGCUAUUGUCACUUAUAUCGCGAAUUCUGGCAAUAGGAAAAACUAUGCAUCUAAAAUUAUAAACCGUUAGGUAAAGGAUUCUUCUAGCGUCGCGUAAUGAGUCGCAAUGUCAUUGACGCCAGAAACUGAAAGUGCAACAACACCGAACGAAGAAAACCAAUUGCACCACCAGCUGCCGCAAAAGCGUUUGAACAUUACUACUCAACCAAUUACGCUGAUUCUGCCCACUAGUGGUAAAUUAUUCUACGAGAAAAAGAAGGAUUUCCAGCUGUGCAAACCGCAGCUUCUGCCGCUGAAGUCGUUCAGCCUAGAGAAGCUCGAGAAGAUGCAACAAGAAGCUCACCGGCAAUUACAGGAAACAAGAGCCCGUACAGCCGUUGCUGAGAAGUUCUAA